UCUAAUCUCAUUUAUUUUUAGUUUUCUAUUAUUUAUUUAUUAAUUUUGGUUAGUUUAUGUUUUCUCUCAAUUGUUCUUGUUUAUUAUGUUGUCUUUGUUUCUAUUUAUGCUAUUAAUGUUAAAUGAUUGGUUGUUAUAUGUUAAUAGGGGAUUUGAUGGUUAUGAUUAAGAGCGAGUAGUUUUCUAGGGUUACGGUUAAUUCAACCCUUGUGAUGACUUGAUGAUGAUGAGACUUUAGUUGAUUUUGGGUUGAUUAAAGGCUUAGAUGGGGUUAUUUUACCCAUUGGCUAAGGAUUGUUAUGAUUGCUUCUAAUAUAUCAACGAGGGUUGGAUUUUGAGUAAUCUAAUUUUUGAUCAAUGGAUGGAAUCGGGUGUAAGGGAUCAAUGAGGAUUGAACUUUGCAUCCACCCUUCCAUCUAAGGGCUUUAUUCUUCAACUACGAGAGUAGGGAAGGAUGAGCAAGUAGCUGACGAUUUAUAGCCCAAGCGCUUCAUCUUCACUCACUAGAUUAAGGACGGUGAAGAGCUUGGAGGCAAUCCUAAGCCCGAUCAAGGAUCGGAUUGCUCCUCUUAGUGUGAUUCGCUACCCUUUAAUUACCGUUAAGAAGCUAGUGUAUCACCAUUAAAUAGUCAUCAUAAAUAAGUUAAUCCGACUCCCUUUUUAUCAUUGAUUGUUAACACUUAUUACUUUUUCAUAUAUUCUUGUUAUUGUUUUCAACAACCUCUUUUGUAUCUGACUAAUAUGCAAAGAAAAUUGCUUACCCUUGAUCCUUGUGUUCGACUCGUAUGUGCUACAACACCGUGCACUUGCGUUAACUCACUCAUUGAGAUAAAUGUGUGUGAUCGCCCAACCCAUUAAAUCUUAAUGUCCACUUACGGUAUCCUUAAUGCCUACUUAUAAUAUACUUAAUGCCUAUCGAAAAAGUACUUAAAAUGCCUACUUACAAUAUUCUUAAUGAGUACCGAGAAACUUAGCCUACUAGCCUACUUACCAUAUCCUUAAUACCUACUUAGUUAUAAUAUCUUUAAUGCCUACUUACAAUAUACUUAAUGCCCACCGAGUAAGUACUUGCACUAUUCUAAUUGACUAAUUACAAUACUCUUAACGCCUACCGAAAAAUUUACUCUAUUUUUUCCUUUUUAACCUAGCCCAAUUAAAAGUAAUCUUUCAAAAAGACCGUAUCUCGAAUUUGUGUACAAGAAAUAGUGUAAAAAAAAACUUUUGAAUGGAGCUUAAUAAAAUAAGUCUACUAACCCGCCUACUGUGAUAUGGGUGGCCGGGUGGGUGACCAGGCAUUCUGCAAGCACUGUUCUGCGCUCCCUUACGUGUUCUCUCAUUAAUUUUCUUCAAAAUGUUUUACUGAUACUUUCUGAUUCUAUUUAAUUCACUCUUUUUGAUCGAUCGUGAUUCCAUGAAUCAGCAUUGAUCAUUGGAGUUGGGAAUUUGAAGAUUCAAAAAGUUUCAAGCUACCCAUUGAAAAUCUGGAAGUAUAACAUUGCUGAUAUCUGAUAAUUCUUGCUUGUGUACGUUGAUGGUCUCAUGGAAGUCUGAGGCGUUAAACUACAUGGAGCGGCUUAACUGUGCUGCACGCGUUAUGUUAGUUUCAGAUCUCGACUACACCAUGGUUGAUCAUGAUGAUCCUGAUAGUUAUGCUCUCCUUAGGUUCAAUUCACUAUGGGAAGCAUUUUUUCGUCAUGAUUCUUUGCUUGUAUAUUCGACGGGACGAUCGCCAACUAUCUACAAGGAAUUGAGGAUCGAAAAACCCUUGCUAACUCCAGAUAUAACAGUUAUGUCGGUGGGAACUGAGAUUGCUUAUGGUGAUUCUUUGAUACCUGAUGUUGAUUGGGAACAAUCGCUAAAUCACAUGUGGGAUAGAAAGAUUGUGACAGAGGAAACUGCCAAAAUUCCGGAGCUUGUGCUUCAGGCUGAAACAGAACAGCGUCCUCACAAGGUUAGUUUCUUUGUCGAUAAAGCUAAGGCAUCUCAAGUAAUUGAGGGUCUUCAACGGUGCUUAGUGGAACGACGGCUAGACACCAAAAUUAUCUAUAGUGGUGGGAUUGCUUUGGAUGUGUUACCAAGAGGAGCUGGUAAAGGAGAGGCCCUUAAUUACUUAAUGAACAAAUUUAAUGGUAAAAUUCCGGUGAAUACUCUAGUAUGUGGUGAUUCUGGAAAUGAUGCUGAAUUGUUCACUGUUCGUGGAGUUAAAGGUGUCAUGUUACGAAGCAUCUCUGAUGUCAGUAAGGUGCAGGUCAGCAAUGCGCAGGAAGAGUUGUUAAAUUGGCAUGCAAUUAAUGCAGAGUACCACAAUAAUAUACUUCAUGCGUCUGAAAGAUGUGCUACUGGUAUCAUACAAGCCAUUGGACAUUUCGGUCUGGGCCCUUGUUUAUCACCUAGAAAUGAAUUCGAAUCUCCAAAAUGCAAGAAGGAAUGUACGAAUCCGGGAUUUGAAGUUGUGAAUAUGUACUUGGCUUUUGAGAAAUGGCAACGUGGAGAAGUUCAAAAUUCAAAACAAUUUAUUCAGAAUUUGAAAUCAAAGUUUCAUCCAUCAGGUGUUUUCGUACAUGCGUCUGGAGUGGAGAAACCUCUUCAUGAAUGUUUGGAUGCAUUGGAGAAGUCGUACGGGCAUAUGCAAGGUUGUAGAUUUAGGGUAUGGGUGGAUCGAACUUCCUCUUCUCAGAUUGGUUCUGAUACUUGGCUGGUGAAAUUUGAUAAGUGGGAAUCAUCAGGUGAGGUGCGCCAUGGCUGUUCAACAACAGUUUUAUUGAAUUUAAAGCCCGAAGGAUUCUCAUGGAUGCAUGUACACCAGACAUGGAUAGACAAGGAAACAUCGGACACUAAAAGGGCAUGUCUAUUCUAGUGUCGAAUUGAUAAGGUAAGAAAUAAACGAAUUCGUGUAAUGACACUCAUCGGGAAUCAAUGACUUUUAACGAGGAUCGUAGAAGUUUGGAAUAUCAGCAGAAAAUAAUUUAUGCUUGCUGUGUAAUAAUAUCAGGAGUGUUAUGAGUUUCAAUAAGUAAUGUACAUUCAGCACUGUCCCACAUGUUAUGGGCUUUCCUAAUUGAUUUCUUCUGUUUGCUUUAUUUCUUGUUGGAAUCUUAUUGUAUUUUAGAUUUGAAGAAACAAAUGCAUCUACAGAUGAUUACUUCAA